AUGCAAGAUCCACCAGCCACGAGGCCGUUCAAAUCUAUCAAACGUCUGCAGAUAAGUCACGGAUCCUGUGCCGAUCAGCGGUCUAAAUCGGAGCUGCUUCGCCACAGUCUGGAGUCGCCGUGUGGCUUUGUGCCCGGUUUUGGACCCGCCACGUCAGAGCUCCGAUGGAACUGCAGGAAAAAUGCAAGAUUCGGAGAAUAA